ACAAAUUGUUCUACGCGGAUUCGGUUGUGUGGUCGUUAAAAAUAAGUAAAAUAAUAAAAAAAGUGAAAAAAUAGUGAAUUUUUGUGGCAAAUAAAAAUUAAGAAAAAAGAAUCCGACACACACACACGUAUUGAACCAAUGUAGUGAAGAAAAAAUCAUUAAAAUUGAAAGAAGAAAUUUUUUAAAUAUUGAAAAUAUAAAAAAGAUAAAAUGUUUUUUUAAAGAAAAGCAAUAGUUUGUAAAGAAAUCUGAAUAAAAAUAUAUAUUUAAAUAAUUUUAGUUUUUAAGUGAAGUUGUGUUGUAGUGUAAAAAGAAUUAAACAAAAAAAAUUUAAACGCAAUAUAAAAUUUUUUUCCUACUUGCUAAAAGAGGAGUGUGUGUAUUGAAGAAGAAGAGGAAUAAAAAACAGCCCGUAGAAGAAGUGGACGACGAAAAAGUCAGCAACCUUUUAGACAUACAGAGAGGGCAAGAAGUAAGAAGGUAAUUCUUAAAAAAACAUUUGCUGAAUUUUGAAAAGAAAAUGCAUUAAAUGCAGACCAAUAACAUUAGAAAAUUAACCAAAGAUAAUUUGUUAAAAGAAAGAAAAUUUUUAACUUAAUUUAUAAGAAAUUACAAAAGGAUUAAUUAUAAUCGAGCGGCCUUUUUUCGAACAUUCACAUACAACUCUAAACGUACAUUUGCAGCUUAAUAAGAAGAAACACACAACAGCAAUAAAAACAUUGUGAAAGUAAACAUAAAUGGUUUCUACUUUCAUAGGACUUUUGGAUAUACAAUCAUGGUGGGAGAUACCGUGUAUUUCACAUUUUUGUUCAUUGUUUAGUUCAGCAUUUGAUUUGCCAGAUAUAGAUAUUGAGGAUUUAGAAUCCGCUUUAUUAUCCGAUGGUACAACAACAGAUGAUGAACAUCAUAUUGCUUUAGUGCCUGAACUUAUUGUACGCUUAUUAAAAGGUUGCGAUGCUUUACAUUCGGUAGCAAAAGAAAUAACCCAUAGUAAUUAUCAAAUGUUUUUAAGGCGUUUCCUACGCCAACAGUGUCGUCUUCAUAAUACCGAGAAUCAUUUCGAUACCGAUAUUGAUUUUCAAUCUUUACCCGUACGCAAACGUCUUCUUAUUCUCUACGAUCUCUGUCAUUUUCGCCUCGAUUCGGCCGAUGUACAAGUGAUUUUAAAUAAUUUAGAAUCGGAUAGUUUACGUGUCGAACCGUUGGGUUACGAUUCGAAAAAUUCUGGCUAUUGGUAUUUUUACGGUACACGUUUGUAUCGUGAAGAUAAACCGGCCGCUUCAAAUAGUUUCAAAUCGAAUUCGGUUUGGCAAGUGAUCUGUUUUACUGAAGAGGAUUGGCAAAAUUUGGCAACGAAAUUUAAGGCAUCGACGAAUGCCAAAGAAAAGGAACUCUAUCAGAUAUUGGAUGAAAAUUUUCUACCAAAGUUGCCACAACUUUUUCGUGAACGUGAACGUUUAAGGAGGAGAAAACUCUUUCAAGUUCGCAAUUCCAGUCGUAUUCGUAAUCUGGUCGAGUUGAAAGCUCGCCAAGAACAAGAACGUCAAGAACGCCAGCAAAGAGAACGUCAACGAUAUCCUUUCGAACAACCGCAACCUGCUAAAACGUCAGUGUUGCCUCUAACAUCUUCUUCAACUACAGCUGCGGCAACCACAACAGCAGCAACAAGCUCUCAAACUAGAGCACGCAGAUGCUCGCAAUCCACCUCAACUGCUAGUGGCAUUUCGACCUAUGCCAGUUCUUUAAGACGCACCAUAACCACUAAUUCAAGUGAUUUUUUGGGACAUCGUGAGACCUUCUGUCUAACACCCGAAGACGAGGACGAAGAGGAAGAAGAAGACGACGAAGAGGCUGAAGAAGAACUAGAUAACGAAUAUCGACAAAAUCGCAAUUAUCAACAGGAACGUGAUUACGAUUUAGAAGAUCAUCAUAAAAGGCCAAUAGACGAUACCGCAACGUUAUUGACCGAUGAACAUUUAAAUCUUUUAAAAAAUAUUAAAUUAGAACCGGCUGACAAUUUAGACGAAGCGGCGCCAGUAACAGAGGAAGACGAAGACGGGGAAAACGAACAAAAUAUAUUAAUAAAUAAAUAUAAAGCUUUACAACAAAAUCAUAACGAUAAUCAAAAUAAAGACGACAACAAUACAACAACAGUUACAGCCGAUACAAGAACUCAAGUCGAAGUAGUUGAACAAGAAGAAAACGACGAAAAACUUGUAGAGGAAUUUAAUCAAAACAAAACAAAUAGAAAAUCUCAUCACCACCACCAUCAUCAUCAUAAAAAGAAAAAAUCACAGAAAAAGCAAAAGAAAAAAUCUAAAGAACAUCGCAGGAAACACAAACACUCAGAUAAACAUCAAAACGAGCUUACAACAGCAACAACUCAACCACAACAACAAGAAACUGAAAUAAAUCAACAGCAACAACAAUCUCAAACACAACCACAGCAACAGCAGCAGCCUCAAUCACAAGAUAAACAACAAUUGCCCACACGUUCUUCUACUUCUACUAAACACACAAAAUAUCCUACAAUCGAUGAAGAAGAACCAGUAUUAAGUCCAGAAGAUAAGGAAAAUUUCUGUCGUGCUAUCGGUGUAGUACCCACAGAAAGUCUUUUACAUUUACACAACAAUCACAACAACAACAAUCAACACAAUACUACUAUUGCUAACGAUUUGGAAACAACUGGACAAGAGCAUCAUCAUCAUCAUCAUCACCACAACAACAACAACAACCAUAUCGAUUUGCAAUUAAACUCUACCGUUGUAAAUAUAAAAAAGGAAAAAGAUUGUACGGCCGUAGUUUAUGAUAUGGCACCAGCUACAAAUAUGAAAUUGCCGGGACGUCAAACUAACAAUUCUCUCUCUUCAUUAACGGGUAAUAUUUUCAUACCAACUACUUUACAAGAUUCCACUACAGCCACCUCAACUUCAGCUACAUCAUCUUCUACUUCAACGGGUGCCACAACAACAGCCACAACACAACAACAACAACAAUCCCUCAAAGAUACAAAUAAAACAAAAAAUUCCAACAUGGCAAAUAGAAAACAAAAAUCCACGGAUAGCAAUACAAAUUCUGGGGGAAAACAAACAGGUGGCCCUAAAAAGAAGAACUCAAAUACAGUCUCCUCGGUAAAGCAAGAAGCGGCAAGUGAUCGUGAUGAUUUAACAAUGACCAAGUCGAAUUCAAAUUCAUCACAAAAUUCGGACAAAAGUGCUGAUGACUUUACCGAAACCGAAGAAGUUCUACAAAUUGGUAUGCACAAGGUACUGGUCUAUGUUAAGAAUCAUCGUGACGCUUGGCCAUUUAUGGAUCCAGUAGAGGAAGAUAUUGCACCCAGAUAUUAUUCCAUUAUAAGGAGACCUAUGGAUCUUUUGAAAAUGGAAGAUAAACUCGAUAAUGGCGAAUAUCAAAAAUUCAGUGAUUUCCGUAAUGAUUUCAAAUUAAUUGUUAACAAUUGUCGUUUAUAUAAUGGCAAUGACAAUGAAUACACCGAAAUGGUGAAUAAACUGCAAGAAGCCUUUGACAAAGCCACCAAAAAAUAUUUCGAUCAUUUAUCCGAUGACGACGAAGAUGAUCCGAAUUUAAGUUAUCCGGCGGCCGAUGCAAAAAUGAAUGUUUUCCGUGAGAAAUAUUUCAAUAAAAAGGCUAAAGAUAAAGAAAAUCAGGAAAUGGCCAAUAAGAAAAGCAACAACCAUAAACCCACAGAUAAAAAGAAACAUGGCAAGAAGGAUAAAACAAAAGAGGUCGUGACUAGCGAUGAGGAGGAGAAUAUCGGCGGCGUUGGCAAAGAGAGUGAAGAUGAUGAGAAACAGGAUGAAGAGGAAAGUGAUCAUAAGAGCUCUAAUGCCAAAAGGAAACGUAAAGAUAAGGAUAAAAAACGUAAGAGAAAAUCCAAAACACAGCGUAAAGAUGAUAGACAGAGUGAAGAGGAAGAUCAGUAUGAAUUCAAAGAUGAUGACGAUGAAUUUGAAGACAUACAGGAUUUGGAAGAGAGUAGAAACUCUUCGAAAAAGUCCAAAACUUAUAAGGACUCUUCUACGAAGAAGGAUAAGAAAUCAAAACAUGAUAAGAAAAAUUCCAAAUCAAAUGCCAAAUCUAAAAAGUCAUCAAAAAAGUCGACGAAAUCUAAACAAAAGGCUGAAGAGGAUGAUAUGGAUUUAACCGAAGAAGAGGAAGAUUUCAUAAAUGCAGAAUCUGAAGAAGAGCCAGAUGAUGAAGACGAUGAGAAUUUUGAACUAAAGUCUACGAAAAAAGGAAAGUCAAAAGCAGGAAAAACGGCAAAUCAAAAGAAAAAGGGAACGGGUAGAAAGAAAAAAGACAAUUCCAAAAGUAAAACCAAAACGAAAGAUUCCACAAAAACAGCAGGUAAAUAUAAAUCCAAGGCCGAAAUCACAGAAUCCGAACAGGAAGACUCCAACUCGGAAGCAGAUGAAGAUAAAGAUAUAAAAUCUGAGCCUGAAGAACCCGAAGAAGAUCCACCACCACCUCCCACACCCACGAAGGCUGCAAACAAGAGAAAAACCUCCCUGUUAACUAACAAGGAUUUGCCACCACCCGCUAUAGCUGCCUUAAAUGCUUCUGCCUCGGAAUUGGAAGAAGAUAUACUAGAUGAGGACAGCCGCAGCAUGUCACCCUUCAAAGUAGAUUUACACAAAAAAUACUCAAAAAGUGCCCUUAACGAAGAUCUCUCUGAACUUUUGACAACCGUAAAGAAAGUGCAAAGCACUUCUUUAAACAAUUUGCAACCACAAGCAAGCCCUGAAUCCGAUAAUGAAGAUUUAAAAUCCACUUCUAGUCAUACAACCGAGGAAUCUAGAGAACCCUCACCCGAACCUGUGAAAAAGAAAGCCACACCAAAAAAUAACAAAAACAAUAAAAAGGAAAAAGAAAACAAACGUAAAAGAUCAACAUCUUCAUCCUCCACCGCCAACACGACAACAACAACAUCUAGUGAUAAGAAAAAACUGACAGAAAAAGAGAAAGCGGCUGCUGCAGCAGCUGCCGAACAAGCUGAACUGGAAAUGUUACUGCCUUUCUUGGAUAAAUACGAACUCAUUAAAUACCGCCGUAGCAGAGCUUUACUCAAUCAACAGAAUUUGGCUGCCGAAACAAAAACGACUACUAAAACUCAGAGCUCUAGAAAACGCGACUCAUCUAGUAAGACGGUUUCAGAAGCCUCCGAUAAAACCCCAGAGAAACCGGCCACAGAGACAACAAGAGGUAAAAAGUCGCGUGAUAAUAAAAAAGCUAAAAAGAAUUUGGAAAAGGCUUUGGAAGUACCCGAAACCAAACCAGAACCGGAAAAAAUUGUAGAGGAGCCAACACAAGAGACAAAGAAAACUACUGAAAUAGAAAAACCAUUAGAAAAGCCAGCAGAACCCGAGGAGGUAAUAAUGGCCGAAGAAGAGCAAGAAGAUGAGGAAAAAUCCUUCAAAUUGCCAGCAACAGCAGUGCCUGCGGUAAAAGAUAAGAAAUCUGUUGCGAAUGAUAAAUUACCACCAAAAAAGAAAGAAAAACUAAAAGCGGCUUUAAUAGAAGACUCGCCACCUUUAUCACCGUUGGCCAGCACAGCGCAAUCUGUGGCCAUUUGUGAGGUUAUAAAAGAAAUAGUGGAAAUUAAAGAACCACCCAGAGUGGAAGAAAAGGAAAAAGAAAAAGAGAAGCCACAAGCUCCUCCUCCACCUAAAAAAGCUUUGCAGAAAAAAGCUACCGCAAAUCAAAAUAACAAUAAAAAAUCAACUAAAAACAAUGCGGCAAACAAUUUAAAUAAUCAAAAGCCCUCUGCCAACAAUAAUUCUGCCAAUCUAGAAGCUCUGGAUGUGGAAACUGAACAGACACUUAAAGAUAUUAAUCGCUGGCUGGAACAUACACCCAGAUUCUCUGAAUUCUCAUCCGCCUCUAAUUCACCCUCUCGCUAUAUGAUGGAUGAUUUCGAUCCGGCCAUAACUGCUAAAUUGGAUGGUCCUUCGAAUCCCAAAGAUGACUUAAUGCCAGUAAAACUACAAGAGGCCUUUGAUGAACUAGUGGCGGACAAUAAUUCCUCAUCAGACUCGAACUUACCAAAGAAAGACAUUAUAAGUGAAUUGCUGCCAGUAGCAGCAGCAGCUAGACUUAACACCUCACCACCUCAUUCAACUACUUCGGGCAAUUCGGUAGGCAGUACUUCGGUUAAUGCCUCCUCGAAUUCAUCCACAAUAAAUGCGCCUUCUAUUGCUUCCUUAAGUUCGGUAGCUGUAGCAAAUACUCCUCUACUCAUACCUCCACCCACAACCAUAGCUCCUUCUUUGACUACGGUAACUAUGCCCAAGCCAAAGGAACCCACUACCACCCAACUCUUGUUACAUCCUCCGCCACCGCCUCACAUCAAAAAACAAAUGGCAAAGGAGGACAAGAGAAAGUCUCUGAAAGAAAAACUGCAAGCGGCCUCGAAUACCAGAAGAAAAGAUAAUUUAUUGCGUACUAUUGACCGCUUGCAGCCCGGCAAGGCUAAGGGAAAUCUUAUACAAAAUGUCAAUAAACCAGAUGAACUGUUUCCCCUGGGACCAGUGGCAGCUAAAACUAAAGAAGUUAAAAAUUCCUUAAUAGUGGAAACUGCAGACAAUGUGCCAAAAUUAAGUUUGGGCACUGUUAUAAAAACCGACGAUUUUGCCAUGGGUUCGACGCCUUCGUUCAUAGAUGAAUUGGCCUCGAAGACGGUAAAUAAAGCAGCAUUAAGUCCAGCUUUGAAUAGUGAAAAAGAAAAGGAAUUGGAAGAGAAAUCAAAACCAAAAGAAAACAUUUUGGAAGGUUUACUGCCAUUCCCCAAAAUUGGCUCCUCACUAACUAGCUCGACACAUUUGCUAACAAACGAAGAAAAAGACAAGAAGUUAGAGGAAGAUUUGAAGUCCACUUCAUCAGCAGAAAAGCCCAGACCUUUUGAGACCUUAACAGCAACAUUGUCUGCUUUAAAUGCAACAACUUUAACCUCUGCAAACUCUCCCACAACAGCUAAUGAAAAAGCAGUUGAUUCGAAUAAUAGCGCCUCUACGACGGCAGCUGAUGCUGCCAAGGAAAAACCUAACUUAAGUGCCUGGUUUAAAGCUUUUGGCGCACCCAAAAAGGCUAAAAAAUCAGAGGAAGAGGAAAAGCAACAGCAAACCGAAAGUAAUGAAAACUCCUCGGAGAAGUCACAAGAAAAAAGCUCGUUGUCUUCUGUUUCAAAUAAUGCUACAGCAGCCAAAAGUCCCACUUCUAGCUCAUUAAUAGGAGAAACCUUUUCGCUACCCUCUGCACCCAGACAACGCAAAGCCAGCACUGGCAGCACUAUAUCAGAACGUUCCAGUUUUUCACAGGAUCCUGAUUCACCACGCAUAACUAUAGAAGAUCGUUAUGGCUCCUACAAUGCUGGCUCUUAUACCUCACCAAUUGGUGCUUCACCUAUCGGAGCAUCGCCCAUAAUGGUAUCACCCAAACCGGAUGACAUAACCAAACCGGCUUCUCCUUAUCCCUUAAAUGGCACGAUUAAAGUUAAUUUCUAUCAGGACACUACCACCAAGAGUAGUCCUGAUAAAAGUUGUAGUCCCAGGGAAAUGCCUUCUCCCUAUCCCCAGUACUCGCAGCAUAUAUAUUCCUCAGCAUCUUCACCAAAUGUUUCGACGCCCGAGUUAAGUGGUACUUCACCUUAUGGGGGAGCGAAUAGUUACAAUCCAUCUGGUUCGGAAGCCUCUAAGACACCAGUAUACUCUUCUACUUCACCUUUGCCAAAUCUAUAUGAUCAAUAUAAACAACCGAAAUCUCAAGAAUCGGAUUAUAACAGUUCUAUGAGUCCAAGUACACCCAAUCCCCACUCACCCUAUCAGCAACCGCAAAAUUCUCCCUAUACUACGCCUCAUACUACACCACAGCCUCAUCAAAGUCCCUAUCAUCCACCGAAUUCUCCAUAUCAACAGCCGCAACAGUCGCCUUAUACAACCGCCAAUCAUGCCCAUAGUCCGGCGGCUCAUACACCUGUUGUCGGAUCGGCAGCUUCCAGUGUUCAUUCUCCUUUGAAUCAGCAGCAACACAGUCCUUUGGCCUGCAUUGACUCACCAGCCUCAUCAGCGGCCACACAACCACCCACUCCUCUGGCGAACUCCCCAGCCGAACAGCCACAACAACAUUCACCAUAUCAACAACCAGUUAUGUCACCCUAUCAACAGCAACCUCCUAGUGUGGGAUCUCAACAGCAGCAGCAACAACAGACAAUUAUACCGCAACCUCAACCGCCCACAUACAGUCAGACUUCUUUGUCAAACACAACGCCAAAUUAUCACAAUACUACUGGGGCUGCCACUGUAAUGGGUUAUGGAGAGCCUAAUAAGAGCUCCACCACAAAUCCACUACAAACACAAUCUUCCACAUUGGAAGAACAACAACAGAAACAGCAACAACAAUCUACAGGAAUGUAUUCCUCACAAAUGACGGAUAAUGCGGGAAAUUUGGGACAAACAAUGAAUGCUAAUAGCAAUUCAUAUGUGCCACCCAUUUCGAAGGUAACACAGCAGUUGCAACAGACAACACAACAGCAACAACAACAGUCUCAACAGCAACAACAUGCUAAAGAAACACAACAACUGCAAACAAAUGAUACCUUACACAAUCUUUACAAUCCUUCUCUAUUGAACAGCAAUAAUAGCAAAACAACAACAGAGAAUAAACCUACUGAGUGGAGGGAUACCACCAUGACAGCGGCAACAAACCAAAAUACACAACAAGGUCAAACACAACAGCAGCAACAUAACCUAUUAACAAAUCUAACACAGCAACAAUCAUUAAUAACAAAACCGUCAUAUCCCACAUACGCCCAAUAUCAAGCAGAGGCGGCCAGUAAACAAUCGGCAGCCACCACCUCAACAAUCGAUGAAUUGAAUCAAGAAAAUAAGACAAGUAAUAAUAGUCUUUCCUCCAAUUCCUCCUCAUCAGCUGCAACGGCAGCCUCAUCUCCGGCUGCACAAAGUUAUAGUAUGCAGGCGAAUACUCCCAGUAGUUUGGGAUCUUGCUCGAAUUCUGGUGAUAUGGCUGCAUUUAUGCAACAUAUGCAUCAACAGGCACAUGCACAAAAAUCUCAACAUGUCGCAAAUCCAUUAAAACGACCUGGAGAUGAUCUUUUAGGAAUGGAUUAUAGUGGAGGCACUGCUAGGAAAAUGCAGAAAUGUGAUGAGACACAAGCAACACAACAGCAGCAGCAGCAGCAGCAAAUAACACAGCAAAAUAAAGUGGCAACACAGCAAAAUAAUCAACAACAUCAACCUUCUCAACAGCAGCAGCAACAAUCUACUCUUUCGGCUUUGUUAAGUCAAGCGCCACAACAAACUCAACAACAGCAGUUGCAGCAAUCUCAACAGCAAAUGCAACAACAAUCAACACAAUCCCAACAACAGCAACAACAACAAACUCAAGCUGUUACCUCCCAACAAGAUCAACAACAGCAGCAGCAGCAACAACAACAAUUGAGUAAAUAUUCUCAAAUGUUUGAUUCUUUCUUGGGCUCCAUGGCAUUUGGCAAACAAUUGGGCAAUAUAGCUCCUGAAAAAGCCUUUGCCAUGUACAAUCAUGCUGCUUCCCUGGGUUUCCCUAAAGACUAUACCAAAGAUACACAAGCGUGUCAAAUGCAACAGCAACAACAAACGUCCCAGCAGCAACAACAGACGCAGCAACAGGCUCACAAGAGCCUGCAGCAAGAACAAAAUAAACAUUUGGCAGCACAUUUAAUGCAGCAGCACCAACAACAACAGCCACAGCAGACUACAGCAGAACAGCAACAACAGUCGUCUCUACAACAAAAUCAAACUAUGCAACAGCAGCAUCAAAAUAAAUCAACUUUAGAUAUGUUAAACAAAAAUCCCAUGGGUUAUGCAACUUCAAGUGCUUCAGCUGGUGGCAAUAUAAUGCAGCAACAUAAUCAACAGCAGCAGCAACAAAAAUCGAGCGAAUCCUCUUUGCAACAACCUUUAAAUAUGUCUAACACAGACAACACCUAUAUGGCACAUCAGCAACAUCAUACAAUGCACUCACAACAACAACAGCAGCAGCAACAACAACAACAUAGCUUAUACAAUAGCAAUGCAAGUAAAUUAGCACAAAACUCACAACAGCAACAAACAACCCAACAGCAGCAACAUCAACAAUUAAGCCAUAAUUAUGGUCAACAACAACAACAUCAGACGCAAAGCCAAAAACACUCUACCACAGCGAACGAUAAAAACUCAGCUUCUACCGCCAACAACAACUCUUCUGUAAACACUCAUGAAUCCUCCACGUCGGCAAAUGCGGUAUCGGCCUCAAAUAAUCCUUUGCUAAAUGCCAUGACAGCCUCCCAUCAUCUAACGCAUACACAUCAUUUGUCGGCCUAUAAUAAACCCACACCACCACCACCCCCAGCGCAAACCUACAAUAAUCCAGCAGCUUCUCUUCUACACCCCUUGGGAGAUCCCUCUUUAAUGGGUCUUACCGGCCAAUCGGCGGCCAGUAAUUAUUAUGACAAAACUAUGCCACCGGCUGCUCAUACCUACAAUUCAGCAACAGCAGCGUCUACAGCCUCUAAAGGGCUGACCUCAGCAGCUUCACAACUUUAUUUGAAUUCUAUGCAAUCGGCGGGUAAUGCGGCCAGUACAGCGGGUGCCAGUAUCUAUGGUAAUCCACAUCAAAUGCCCUCUGCCUCUAGUUAUUUACAUAAUUUGGCGGGUAAUAAUGCGCAGGCCAAUGCUGCAGCUCAGCAAGCCCAACAGCAGCAGCAACAACAACAACAACAUACACAACAUGUAGAACCUCAAAAGCCACCACCCGCCAAAAGAGGACGCAAAAAGAAGGCCUCUACUAUAGCAGCAGAGCAGGCAGCCGCCGCAGCCAAAGCUCAGCAGCAACAGGCUCAACAACAAGCCCAACAACAGGCCCAACAAUUACAGCAACAACAACAGCAGCAGCAGCAACAGCAUCAAGCACAACAACACCAACAUCAUCAAUCCCAAGCGGCUCAUCAGCAGCAGCAACAACAACAACAGCAGCAGCAGGCGCUACACUCCUCACAAUACAAUCCCAAUACACAAAAUUCCACAGCCUCCGCUACAGCCCAUCAUAUGCAAGCUUUGCAAAGUUUUCAACUUUAUGCUGGCCUCAAAUCGACCGGCGUUGGUUCUCCACUAUCCACCUCAAAUUCAUCUCAAGCUACUGUGGGAUCACAAAACUCCAGUACAAAUGCCAACAAUAACUCUUCAUCGACCACCUCAUCUUCGGCUACAUCUGCUUUAGAUGCAGCCGCCAUUUCAUUAAAAACUGCCGCUGGCAUGGUGCCAGGAAGUGCUUUCAACUUUGGCCAUACAGCCAGUACUCUGGGUUUAUAUGGCGAUCAAACUGGUAGCAGUUAUUUAGAUCAAUUUAGAGAUGCCUCUAAUCCCUACUAUAUGCCACCAGCACCCGCCCACAGCAGAAGUGCCACAGCCAAUGAUGCUUCAGCUUCAUCAGCGGCUGCAGCAGCCAGUGUUAUGGAUAAAACCCAGGCCGCCUUAAAUCCAGCAGCCACACCCAAUCCUUAUAGUUUUCUAGCAGCACAUCCCUCAACCAGAGCCUCGCCUUACUUUAUGAAUGCUGCCUCACAAUUGGAUGCUGCCAAUUCACAGUUGUAUCAACAAUAUUUACGACAUGAUGAUUAUCAUACACGUAUGAUAUUUAAUCCUUCGUCACUGUUGGGUGGUCCAGCAACUGCAGCGGCAGCAGCUGCUGCGGCUGGUUAUGGUCAACCGCCGCCAUCGGCCUAUAGAUCUUCAUCGUUGGGUAUGCCUAAACCAUAUGAUGCAGCAAAUCCUAGACCAUGGUUCUAGCAGUGCGCCCAAAAUGGGCAACAACAACAACAGCAGCAACAGCAACAACAACAAUCAACAUCCUUAGAUGCGGAAGCUACAGCCGAACAAAUGAAUAUGAUGUCUUCACAACAACAGCAAGAUAACACUGCUCAUACUCAUCAUAAUUCUCAUCAAAACAAUCAAUUACAUUAAAGUAAUGUUGGGGAUUUCAACGCUGGUCGUGGGAAUAUUUUCUAUAAUUAAACAUUCACACACAUUUCUUUUUCAUUUUUAAAAGAUUUGGAAAAAGUUAAAAUUGUUUUACACAAAUUUGUCUAAAAUGUUUUAGACUUAAAACAUUUUUCAUCAUUAUUGCUGUUAUUGUUUCAAAAAUACGUUUAACCAUUAAAAACCGCCUUUUACUAGACAAAUUAUAACAAAAACUUAAAGUUUUUUUUUUAACUGUUACCACUGAGUUAUAUAAAUAUUUCGGAUUCAUUGGAAAUCAUGUAAAUUAUAUAUUAUUUCUUUAUGUUUUAUUAUAACUAUAAAUUUUCAAAUACUAAAAGUAAAUUAAACAUUUUCAAUAUUGUUUUGUUUUUUAUUAUUAUUAUAACUUUCCAAGUGCAAUUUUUGAACUGAAAUUCAAAUUAAUUUUUUGUUUGUUUUAUUAUUAACUUUACUAUACAAUAGCUCAAAAUGACUUAACACACACAUACAACUGCAUAUACAUACAUAUGACUUUAUUAUUUCUUUUUUUAAAUAAAGAAACAAAAAAAUAUUUAACAUUAAUACAUUAAAUUUACAAACUAAACAUUAAAACAAAAACCACAAAAAAAAGAAAACUUUAAAAUUUCAUUAAAACAAAUAUUUAAAGUUCAAAAUCUAACAUUUUCAACUCAUUAGCUAAGAAGACAAAUACAAAAUCUAAAAUAACAAAAGUAGAGAUAGAAAGAAAAACACAAAAAAAUAUAAAAUAUAUAUAUUUGUAGUUGUUUUUUUUUUGAUAAGAUUAAUUUUAUUAUUAAGUUUUCUUCUUUUUAGCAUUAAGUUUAAAACAACCAAAACUUUAAAUAUUAAACUAAAAACCUUAAAAAUUUACGUUUUAAAUUUUAAGAUACAACAUACAUACAUACAUAAAAAACAUAUUACUUAUUCACCUUAAUCUUUAAGUUAUUUUAAGUAAUUUUGAAGAAAAUCUAUAAAAAAAGAAAAUAACUAUGAUUUAGAUUAAAACUAUUAAAUUGUUGAAUUGCAAAAAUAUAUUAAAAAAAUAAAAUGUGUUUUUAAGAUUAUAGCCAGAAACUAAAUUAUUUGUAAUUAAAAGAAAGAAAGAAAACAAAAGCAAAAGUUAAGAUUAUUGAUAAAACCAGUUAAAAACACUACAUUUCACCGAGUUUUGUAAUUAGAAAAUUAUGAUUUUGAAUGAUUUUCUUUUCAAAAAUAUAUAAGAAAAUUUAAACAAAAAAAUUGCUAAAAUCUAAACUUUUUUAAGUAAGCAAGUCAAGUUUUUCAU